AUGGCUUCGUCUAAGGCUGCUUUGAAGGCGGUCAAAGCUUCUUUGGACGCCAGUCAGUUCGCUAAAGCCGCUGAGCAAGCCGAAGAUUUGCUGAAACAAGAUGACAAGAACCACACCGCCUUCCUCUUCCUCGGAUUCGCAAGAGAGAAGCUUGGAGAUAUAGAGGCUGCGGAAAAUGCCUUGCACAAAGCUGCCGCCGUCAAGCCCGAUGAUAUCCAAGCUUACAAGGGGUUAGUGAAUCUGUACGAGAAGCAAGGGAAGGCCAAAUUGGACCAAUAUCAUGAUACGGUCUUCAGGUUGGCAGAGAUAUAUGCUCAGAAAGACGACAAAGCACAAUGCCAGAAUGUUGUCGACAAAUACGAGCUGUUUGCAAAGAAGCAUGGCAGCCGAUCACAGUACCGACGGGCUCUCGAGCUAAUUCUACCGACCUCAAGCCUCUACCCGACCCUUGAAGGCCGUGUUCUACAACCGAAUUUGGCUUACCAGCGCAUUCUGGAGUCGGCAGAAGCCGAAGAGAAGGAGUGGAUCAACACGCAGAUCGGAGAAAGAAGAACACGUCUCGGGGCAAAGAUUGACCAGGUGACUCGACAAGUUAAAUUCGAGGCGAUAAGCAAAUUCCAGAUCGAGGAAAAGUACGCCGCUCUCAUUGACUGGACAAGGGACGAUGAUACUCGUCAUGACCUCGAGCAGAAAUUGUUCCAGCGUAUGUUCGAUAAUUUACUCGUCUUGCCGCAGGGAUCCAAGCCAGACCAGCGGGACAAGGUUUUGAAUAUGGCAAACGGCAUGGUCAUCAUCAAACACCCUUUUCUCUUAGCUUGGAAGGUCGCCCUCGAGUUGGUUGAUGCCGAGGACCUGCAAGAAUGGGACGUUAACAUCUUUCGCGAUUAUAUCGGCUAUUUUCAAGAUGACGGCUUGAGCAAGGUCCUCCGUGGCUUUCUCGACAGUGACGCCUCGCCAUUUCCGCAGCUACCAGUUGAAGAGAAGGAGGGGGAAGAGACGCCCCAGAGGCUGAGCGAAGCAGACCAGCUCAUCCUAAUGAAUGAAGGCCUUGAACGUUGUCCAGAGUCUCUGCUUGGCCAUCGAAUCAUGGCAUAUGUCUACCUCCGCUUAAAAGAGUGGGAGAGCACUGUGGAUAUUGCACGAAAGGCUCAGAAACUCCACUUAGAUGCCCAACGACGUUAUGCUAUAGACCUCCAAAACAGUCUCGACGGUGUCAAUCUCAUCCUCGCAAAUGCUUUGAUCACAUUUCAGUCACCCCGACAUCAUCCCGAAGCCAAAGCAUUGUUUGAAGACAUUCUGCGACGGAAGCCCAAGCUCACUGCUGCUUUGCUAGGUGCCGGAUUGAUAUACGAGGACGACGAAGAUUAUGCGGAGGCAGUCAAGUUCUUCCACCAAGCAGCUGAACGCGAUUCAGAUAAUACCAGGAUCAAGAUCGAGCUUGCCUGGUGCCGGGCUCACAGUGGACAACUUCAUGAAGGACUAGAAGGGCUCCAGCAGGCGUUAUCAGCUAUUGAAUUGGAAAGGCAACAGGACUUGACCAUGAAAUCAGUCACGCUCUACCGAAUCGCCUACUGUUACUGGCACAUCGACACUUCCACAGCUUCACGGAAGGACAAGUCUGGGCCCUAUCAAUUUCUCAUCGCCUCCAUCAAGGCCGACCCCAAUUACGCACCCGCAUAUACUCUCUUGGGCAUCUACUUCCAAGACUACGGCAAAAGCAAAUCCCGAGCCCGCGUCGCCUUGCAAAAGGCAUUUGAGCUCUCCACCUCGGAACUCGAAGCCGCCCACCGACUUGCAAAGACCUUUGCCGAUAACGCAGAAUGGGAUCUUGUGGAACUGGUCGCUCAACGUGUUGCCACCUCAGGAAAAGCCAGGCCGGCUCCAGGUUCAAAGAAGAAAGCUCACAGUUGGCCAUUCACGGCAUUGGGCGUGGUGCAAAUGAACAAACACCACUAUCCGCAGGCGAUUGUUUCUUUCCAGCAUGCACUGAGGAUUACACCAGAUGAUUACCACUCUUGGGUGGGACUUGGUGAGAGCUAUCACAACGCAGGGCGGCAUGUUGCUGCUACGCGGGCGUUUGCCAAAGCUGAGAGUAUCAACCAUGGUCUGUCGCCCGCAGAGACCUGGUUCGCAAAGUACAUGCUUGCCAAUGUUCAACGAGAGAUGGGGCUAUUUGAUGAGGCCAUUGCUGCAUACAGGGAUAUCCUUCUUCUGAAACCGAGGGAGUUUGGAGUGCUUAUCGCCUUGCUCCAGACGAUAUCUGAGAAUGCUUGGGCAAAGGUUGCGCUGGGUAUGUUUGGCGAGGCAACAAAACUGGCUACCUCUGUGAUUGAGUUGGCAAGCCAGAUCGCAGAGCAAGAGACAGACGUGUUCAAUUUGUGGAAAUCUGUUGGCGAUGCUUGCUCUGUCCUUGGUCAUGUCAAAUUGUACACAGCCUCAGCAGACGUUCGGACGAUAUCCGACUUGCUGCAAAUAUCCCUUCAAGACGAAUUCAACACUCUCGGGGAAAUCGACAGAGUCAGCCUUGAAUUCCUCACAGCCGCCGGCGAUGAUGGCCCAACAACACCUUCGGACAAAGCUGACAAGUAUCUCAUGGCUGCAAUUCUGGCUCAAAAACGCGCCAUCCACGCUGCCUCGUCCGAUCAACUCGCCCAAGCUGUUUCGUGGUACAAUCUCGGCUGGGCAGAACACCAAGCUUAUGUGUCGGCCGGCGCAUCCCUCAGAUUGAAAGACAAGAAACCCCGCAGGUUGCUCAAAGCAUCAAUGGCAUGCUUCAAACGAGCCAUCGAGCUGGAAGCCAGCAACUCCGACUUCUGGAACGCACUGGGCGUGGUGACUAUGACGCUUAGCCCGAAGGUCUCGCAGCAUUCGUUUGUGAGAAGUCUGCAUUUGAACGAGAACAGUGCCUGGACGUGGACGAAUCUUGGGGUGCUAUACCUGAUGAACAAUGACCAUCAGCUUGCCAAUGAAGCUUUCACGCGGGCGCAAUCGGAGGAUCCAGAAUAUGCCGAGGCGUGGAUCGGUCAGGGAUUGCUGGCGAUGUUGUCUGGAAGUCUUAAUGAGGCGAGAGGUCUGUUCAUGCAUGCUUUCGAGAUUGCAGACUCCUAUGUCCUUCCUGCAAAAUGCCACUAUGCACUUUCGGCGUUUGACCAUCUGCUCAAGGAUCCUUCCCGGUCCGAGGAAGUCACUGCUUUGUUGAAGCCACUCUUUGCUAUGCGACAAUAUCAUGCCCAAGAGCCGAGUGAUAUGAUCGCGACUCAUCUAAUGGCUCUCUUUGCGGAGCGAGCGGGUGACUAUUCUACGAGCGUCGAUGCCCUGCAGGAAGUCUGCGAUGCCGCAGAAGCCGAGUAUGAGAAGUCUGAAUUGAACGAAUCCCUGGUCAGGUUCGCGCAGGCAAAAGCGGAUCUAGCCCGGGCACAGCUUGGGUGCGGUGAAUAUGAAGAAGCAGUUUCAAACGCCGAGACUGCACUCGAUCUGUCCGGUGAACCUGGUGACUUUGGCCCGGAAUAUGCUGAAGCUCGCCAAAAAUGGCGACUUUCAGCACAUAUCACGGCGGGUCUUGCACACAGUCAUCUGAAGCAGAUUGAGAACUCGAUUAAAAUGUUUGAAGUGGCGCUGCAGGAAUCUGAUCGAGAACCAGACGUUGUCUGCAUGUUGGCCCAGGUCCUGUGGGCGAAGGGUGGUGCGGAGGAGAAGGAAGCGGCGAGAUCCCAGCUAUUUGAUGUGAUUGAGAACCACCCAGGACAUGUUCAAGCUGUCGCUUUGCUCGCCGUCACUGGACUAUUAGACAACGAUGAGGACGUGCUAGAAGCUGUGGAGGAAGAUCUGAAAGUAUUGAGGCGCGGAGACGAGAUCGGAGUACUAGACAAGAUCCGCGUCAGUAAAGUCCUAGCUGGCAUUGUUGGGUGUCGGCCUCAAAAACCGACCGCCGAUCAAGUGGACCAAGGCGCAGUGGUUGCAGAUGCUCUUAAUGGGAUCAUGCUUGCGCCAGGACAACCGCAAGGCUGGCUUGAACUCGCACAAGCUGUCGGCAAUGAGGCAGAUGGCUCUUAUGCUGCGGAGAUGGCGGUGCUCAAUGCUGAAAGACAGAUUCCGCCCGGUGGGAAUCUGACCACGGAGGAUUUGGCAAGAGCAUACGAAGGGACGGGCAGGGCGGAGGAUUUUCUUAAGGCGAAGAUGCUUGCGCCGUGGAGGUUGGAGAUUGCUGCUGCGGCUUCGUGA